UAAGCAACCGCGCAGUUUGGCUAAUACUAGACCAGCAGGACUCCUACGCUCCCCGCCUCGGAGUAGCUUGGAAAGCCAGAUAGCGCCAAGGGCACGUCGUCAGAGAUGCUGGUGCGGUUCGGAAGGCGCUCUGGACAGGCGAAGGAAAACACAGAAAUAAAGAACUCUGAAGAAGAUCAAGUCCUCUAUCCACCUCUUCUACCUAGCAAGGUCGAUCUCCGGCAGGUUACCAUAAUUCCACACAAUGAGUGGAAAAGGAUUCGAGAUAGCCUUGACAGUUUGACAAGAGAAGCAGCAUGCCUUCGUGCAGAAAGAAAGGCAAAGAAAGAAAUGCAUUUCCGAUCCCAAGAAGUGGUAAAACAUUGGACUAAUGCAUAUGCAGGGAUGAAAGAACAGAAACUUGAAGCCAAAAAGAAGCGUGAUGAAGAAAUAGAGGCAGAAAGACAAAAUCUUGAUGUGGAGGAAGCAAUAUACAAGCAAGGAGAAAGGAAAAAGGCUAUUGAAUAUGCAAAGCAAUAUCAAUUUUACCAGACAGAAAGAGUGAAAAAGUUUCAUUCAGGACUUCUUCUUAGUAGAGUUAUGAAAGAACGUGAUGCACAGAUUGAAUCCCAAAAGAAUAAAAUAAAAUCAGAUAAAAAAUGGGAAGAACAAUUAAAACUCAACAUUGAAAAAGCUUUUAAAGAAGAACAAGAAAAAGCAGAAAAACGACGCAGAGAUAGAGUGGCUCUUGCCAAUGAUCAUUUAAAACAAAUAAAGGAACAUGAAGAGGAAGAAGAAAGAAGGAGAAAACAUGAAGAAAAGGAUGCAGAGGAAAUAAGGCGACAGAAUUCAUUACAUGAAAUAGAAAUGAGGAAAAAACUAGAAAAGAGAAAAGAAGAGAUAAAUGAAAGCAGAAGGCUGUUUUUUGAACAUGUGAAUGAUAAAAAUAUCAUCAAGGCUGUGGAACGGCAGCAGCAAGAGGAGGAGGAUGAAAAGAUCAGAAAAUUUAUCAAAGCAAAAAAGCGUCUUAUGCAAAUGGGGAAAGAAAAAGAAGCUGAAACACACAGGCUAAUGGAAGAAAGGAGAGAAAGAAUAAAUAACUUCCUGAGUGAACUAAUGAAAGAGAAACUUGACAAUGAAGAUUUGAUUAUUGCUAGAGAUACUGCAGAAGCUGAGGCUGAACGGGAAAAAAGAGAAAGAGAAAAAUAUGAAAAAAACAAGGCAGAAUUAAAAGCAAUUGAAGAAUAUAGAGCUGUUGUGAUGAAAAAUAAAGAGGAAGAAGAAAGGCAGAGAAAACUAGAGGCUAAAAAACAAUUGCUGGCUAUCAUGAAAGCAGAUCAGAUUUUCCAGGAGCAUGAAAAGGAGAAAAAACGCAAAGCUGAUAAGGAACAUCAAAAAGUUCGAGAUGCUCAUAUUCAGCAAAUGGCCAAAAAUAAAUUUAAUGCAAAGCAAGAAAAACAAGCAGAAUUAGAGUAUUGCAGACUUACUGAAGCUCUUAUGGCUGAAAAGGAGAAGGAAUUUCAGGAUUAUGCCAGAGAAGUAAUUGAACUUGAAUCUGAAUCAACAAAUAAAUAUAUUUAUCCUCUUGUAAAAGCUGUACAGGAAGGACAUGGAGGUGGCCAUGGACCUGUUUUUGUGGACAGAGGUGGAAUAAGACCCAGUUAUCAGGCAAAUGAUGUCACUGGAGUCCAGCUCCCUUUUUGUAACUCUCAGGGACCAAAAUAUAAUUUUCAAAAGUCUAAGGGAAGGCUAGGUUUUACAUGGUAGAAAAAGGUUUAUUUUUGAUUGAGAAUAUUAAGGUGUAACUAAUAUUAUGAGCUACAAAUAAAUGAAUUUUAUGCUUAUGAUUUAAUAAAGCUGCUCAUCUAAGUGCAA